AAACUAAUUACAAAACAUCCUUGGACGUUACCUCCUUUUCUGACAAUCUUUGCUGGAUAGGACUUUUUCAUAAACUUUGCUUGGACCUGUUCACCUAUAUUCAUCAAAAGUACGUCGUGGUUCCACAAUAUCGGAACAUUUGAUAACGCUGUAGGCACCUUCUUCAACUCAAAACACAAUAACGAACAUACUGCCCUUUUUUUGCCAACGUUUAUUUUUGUUGUCGUUUGCUUUUCCUGCAGAGGCGCACUGCAAGUUUUCACCGCGCGUUUGCUUGGAAUCGGCCAAUCAGCGAAGACGUCUCUUCCAGGAAGCUGAACAGUCCAAUGAAAUUUCCCGAUAGCAUUGCCGGAAAUUGAUAACAGAGAUGGCGUCUCGGAAAUUUUGAAACUUGUCGGUUGAUUAUAAAAUUGAAAUUGAACCAUGCAACGAUAAAAUCCCUUGGGCUCAAUAUGGCAGAGAAUAUUGCCAGUACACCAAGGAAGAGAAGAGGGCCAUACAAAAAAUCAAAGUAUAUAGAGGAAAUCAAAGAACCUAGAAGUACAGCUUGGUUUAAAAAGAAGAAACAAAGCCAUUGCUUUGCGCCAACAAGUCUUGAACAUCCAGACCCGAGUACAGAUGCUGAUUCAUAUCAGGAAGCACAGGCAUCUACUGAAAGUCAGUCAGAUGAGGAAUUAGUACAUAGUGAGUCCAGUACUUCAUGUGAUAAAGAUGGAGAUGUCCAUACGCAAUAUGCCGAUGAUGAAGAAGAUCCAGAUUCAGAGGAAGAGUUUGAAAACAAUAGUGGAGAUCUGCCCCAUGCCCCUGAAGGUGAAUCAUUGUAUCAGGGUUCGAGAUUAUCAUUACUUGAAAGUAUAGUAUUGAUAAUUACAUUUGUAUUGAGACACCAGCUCACUCGAGAAGCUACAAAGGAUCUUUUGAGCCUUUUGGAACUGCACUGCUUGACUCCAAACUUAUGCCGAAGCAGCAUGCAUCUGUUUUACAAUUUCUUCACUGAACUCACUUCACCUGUACAGAAGCAUUUUUUUGUGACUUUUGUAAGGAGUACUCAGGUACAGUAAGCAUGAAGGAG